AAGAAAUAUAAACUCAUAUCACAUCAGUUGUCCUGUAGUUCCUUACGAACUUCUAUCAGUACACUAUGUCUUUAUUACAACUUGUUUGUGCUUUAUUGUGUUUUGCCCCUUUCGUCGUCAGCUUACAGCUGGCUGACUAUAUAAAACCUUGUAGUAAAUCUGAUCCAAAGUUAAACGAAUGUGCCAAAAAUAGUGCAAUUGCUGCUAUACCCACAAUACUUAAAGGUGAUAAGCGAUACAAUACACCAGUUCUGGAUCCCCUUCAUUUACCAGAAAUUAACUUGGAAGCAAGUGACAAAUUACAAAUAAAUUUAAAGAAUGUUAUAUUAACAGGUUUAGAGAAUAUUAAACUCAAAGACAUUCAAUUAGACCUACCAAACAAGAAAGUUAAAGUUUCAGUUUUUACCAACUACAUAAACAUUUUUGGAGAUUAUAACAUUGACGGACAAAUUCUUGUUUUGCCAAUUAAAGGAAAUGGACCAGCCAAUUUGACAUUUUCCGAUUCCUCUUUUGUCUAUGAAAUGAAAUACGAUUUAGUGAAAAAAGAUGAUGGAAAAGAGUAUGUCUCGAAUAUUACACCUUCCAUAACUUACCAAAUUGGCAAGGCACAUUUCAAUCUUGAAAAUCUGUUUAAUGGUGACAAACAAUUAGGUGACCACAUGAAUAAAUUUUUAAACGAGAAUGAACAACAAAUUGCAAAAGAUUUGGCACCAUCAGUUCAAGAAGUUAUUAGUCGCAUUGUCACGUCCAUUUUGGAUGGUUUCUUAACGAAGGUUCCUUUUGAAGACAUCUUUUUGCCAUAAUUAUGCAUUUUUGUAAUGAGUGAUUAUAAAAAUAGAUAAAAUAUAAUUUUGUACCAAA